AUGGCAGGACACUUGCGGGGACAGGUUAGAAUUCCAGUCAAAUCUACAGAACCAAACCAAAGCCUGAGCCAGUUCGUCAUGCCGCCACACAGUGGUGAAGAAGAAACUCUGAUAAAACAUGUUGAAUAUCUAGACAAAGCCAGAAGCCAAGUCUAUGACUAUGAAGUUAUAACGAGAGGAAAUGCAAAGCUCCAUAACGGAUUAACUGUAUUUACCGCCGUUGUGUUCAUUGUUGCACAAGUUGCCGGCAGCGGAGUCUUAGCCCUACCGGCUGCCAUCGUAGGAGCGGGUUGGACGGGAUUCGGUUUGCUUGUUCUUUGUUGGCUUGCGUCUGGUUAUUGUGGCAUGAUCCUUGGAAGAUCCUGGGUGAUUCUUCGGGAAAGACAUGAUGAGUAUAAAAGUCAUGUACGGAAUCCUUACCCAGCUAUCGGAGAGAAGGCGUAUGGAGGAUGGGCUUCCUUGGCUGUAACCAUUUCCAUUAACCUCACGCUGAUAGGUAAGACAUUUUUAACAUAAUUCUGACUUUAAGAUAUACCCACAUGUCUCGAACCGCAGGUCUGUGAACAAGAAAACAACAUUCAGAACAACCUUUCUUGCGAAACCAUAAACCAUUCCUCACAAUUACAGAACAGAUCGUAACUAUCGGUGGGCAUUGCAAAAUCACAAGCGAUUAGUAAACAAACAAAGUGCAUUUGGGUUUCAGAUCGCUGAAAGAUUGUUGGAAAAUUGUAGGAAACCUUCCAGCGAUCUAGACUACUCUGAUCAGUUCAAAAUUAGUUACGUGACGUGUUGAAUCUACUACACUGUGUGCUAUUAAACCCGGAGGCUCAGAAUUUUCUCACUUCCAGUGAAGUGACGAAAAUUUAUAAGCGCAUGAAGUUUAAUUAUUUACAAGUUUCCUACAUACUCAUCUGACUAAAACGCAACAUCAUUACUUUUAUCACUCGUCAGUUCUCUGCUUCCUGUAGUCUUCUAUUUGUUCCGCUCUGGCUUUAUCCUCAUUAAUGCUCUCGGUAAUACCGUGUGCCAGAUAUUUAAACAAAACAUGAACAUACAACUAAAAAUCAUACUGCCAAAAAAGAAACUGCGAACUGUGAACAAGAUAUUUUAAAUAUUUUCUUUUCUUUUAUUAAGUUAAUAACCAUGUCGUUUUUGUCUUUAUAGUUUCAUACAAUCAACAGUUACGUAACAAAAGCACGUAACGUAUUUCGAACUUGGUUAGACCCGUAAACAAGUUACUUCUCAGCGCGAACUCACGAGUGUCAGGAGACCAUAUCGCUUAACAACAUCGGUUUUGUGGGAAUUCCAAUAUCGUUAUUCAUACCAAUACCAAUAAGCGAUUUUAAAUUUUAGUUAGAAGGAACAAUGGCACAACCAAAAUUCGCUGGGAUCGCUUUCCCUCCUCUCGCGUGUCUCGUGCUCGGCCAAAGAAGAUGGAUGUAAUGGAAAAUUAAAAAUAGUUGAAUUCCGCUUGCUCACUGAAUGCACAUGCACUUCGAUUCUUCCCUCAAAGGUUACAAUGCUCAUGUAAAGUUCAUAGUGCACACAAGUCAUGUGAUAGCAAAUCAGGUUCUGACAUUUUCCCUUUGCCUUUUGCAUUUUCUGUCGACAUGCUUUUAGGGGGCGGUGUACACAGGCUACUCAGAGACCAGACUAUAUUCAACCCGUGGCUUAAAUCUUAGAAAUGUACAGGAUACCCACUCCAAUACAGUAGUAUCAUUUAUGAGAGAUUUUCUCUCUCUCCCUCAAGGUGUCGCCGUGGUAUUUAUGAUCCUGGCCGCUGGAAACUUGUCAAAUCUCAUUGAACUGCCCGUUGACUACGCGAGUAAAACAGACGAGUUGCGGAUAUGGCUUGUUAUCUGCUUCGCAGUUCUUCUUCCUUGCUCCUGGCUCGGCACGCCCAAAGAAUUCUGGGGGAUAGCGGUGGGCGCUAGUUUGGCAACUGCCGUGGCGUGUUUAAUGAUCUGUGUGUGUAUUGCUUUGGAUAUGCCAACCGACUUGAAAAGUGUGCAACAGCCGACUCUUGAUUUUGAGUGCUUUUUUUCAGGUAUGUUAAUGAACAAAUCGAAUUAAUAAUAUCUGCAUUUUCACUGAUAUAAAAUUUAACAUGUGGCUUCAAUAUCUAGUUGGUUUAAGUCCUCAGAUUAACAUAAGCAAACAUAUUUCUUCAUUUCGAAUCAACUUUCUGUCCCGGUUAAGUUGAGAGCGCUGCAGGACUUUUUAUUUUAGGCAGGAUAGAAUACUGCCUGAUGAUCGAUGUGUAUUUUAUGCAGUAGAAAACCAGAGUUGAUCUUUUACCCAAGCCUCCAAACUUGUGCAAGUGACGCAUAAGAUGUUGAUUCUUGCAAGCCAGCAUGACCUCUAGUUCAUGCAGCAGUUCGUCGCUAUACGUACCUAACCAAAGCUUAGCUUGCGGCGGUUGACACAUGCCUGUAAUCCCACCAAGACGGACCAGUGUGCAAGCCCACAGCGCCAGCAGACGAAGGGGAGCUAAGGGAGUUUUUUUCUCUUCCCCUCGUCUUGCCCUCCGUACUCGAUUGUGUCUCCUUUUUCGGCUGGAUAACGCCUUUAGCUCAUGCAGACUACAUCUGUUUGCUGUCCCCAUAAGCCAAGCAGUGAGCGUUGCGCAGACUUAAGUCUAAAUAGCGCCUUUCAUGCGUCGGACUCGCAAUCCACGGUCCUGUGUUCGAGUCCCGUUCCUGGCCACUUGCUGGAUUUGUUCUAGGUUUUCCACUGAUUAAAUCCUCGACCAAGCUUUUAAACGGCAAUAACUGGUUGCCUCCAGCCAGUUGGGGUUUUAAUCCUGUUAUGCUGUAUUUGGAUUAUUUGUAUGUUAUUUUACAGCUUUUGGCAAGAUCCUAUUCUCGUUCGGUGGUGUUUCGAUUUUUCCAACAAUUCAAACGGACAUGAAGAAGGCGUCCAGGUUUCCACUGUCCGUCUUCUGGGCAUACAUCAGCGUGUUGGCUAUGUACUUACCAGUGUCAGUGCUUGGAUUUGUUACGUAUGGCAGGGACAUAACUCCUAAUAUUCUUGACAGCGUGGGGCGUGAUGAAAACAACAAUGUAGCGAUCAUAUCGCAGGUUGUACUGGUAUUAGUAUCACUUCAGUUACUUGUUAGCUGCGUUAUUACACUUAAUCCUGCAUCACAGCAGCUGGAAGAGCUCUGCAAUGUACCAAGAAGUGAGUAGAGUUAUAAAACAGCGUAUUUACUCGAAUAAGCGUUGUGGCGCUUGUUAAAUUUCACGCUUCAAGUGCGGCGCUUAUUUGAGGGCGGCGUUUAUUCGAAAGUGGAACUAGACAAUGAAUUGUAUUAACCUCGGAAUUAUUAUUUUCCAUACUAACUCGUUCGUCCCCGAGCCGCCCGUAACCGCCCGUGUGGAUCCACGCCUCUUCCAUCACUUGUGACGUCAUCACUUUUUAAUGGUCAAGGACACCUUUGCCGCUAACAUGUGCAGAGUGAAACGAUCUUUCAAACAAUACCAGAACGAGCACAAUUCAGUCAAGAAAAAUGGAGAAAAAGGCAAAAAACCAUGUAACAUUGACCUGAAAAUUUCCAUGAAAAUCUUGUUCCACUACCUACCUACCUUUCCUUUCAUUUAAUCCUAAGAUCCUAAAAGCCUUCCUAAAAACAUUUCCCACCAAAAUGAAGCCUAGUUAAUGCCCAGCUAAAGAGGGAAAAAUGAGGCAAGAAAAGAGAAAAAAGAGGAGAGGAGAGAAAGCGAAAAGUAGAAGUCAAGUGUCCGUCCGGGGACGAGAUUGAAGUUAACAUUUUACAUCUGGAUCAGAAGGCCGCAAAGUGCACGUCAGUGACCAGAAAACCGCUCGACUAGCCUUAAAAUGCGUUUUUCUGCAAAAUUUCCGGUGGCGAAUGGGUUAAACUAACAUAAGGGCAAAGGCACUUAUUCGUGGGAGGCGCUUAUUAGAGUAAGUACGUACUACUAGUACUUUCUCAGUGUCUUAUGAACUAGUCAAUUCAAAACUUCAACUUGAGCCCCUCUUCCCCUUUGGGCAACCCACAGGGUAUUUGAUCUUUUGGGUGACGGGCCAAAUAAUGUUGAAAUACCCCAAUUUAUGAGGAGAAAUAGAGAGGAGAAGUCGUUACGUCACGUUGCCAGGGUAGCAAAAUUUCUGGAUGACAACAAACCAAAAACGACACUUAAAAAGUGAAUUCACACUGUUUCAAAAUUCAUCGAUCUGAUUCAAUUUCAUUUAAUUUGUGAAAUGUUGGCGAAAUUUUGUGGGGUUGAAUCCGAAAGGGUCGUAUCUAAGUUUAGAAAAAGAAAAUUUUGUGUUGUGGUCAUCGAAUCCGUAAAGCGGGCGCGUUUCAUGUAGUAGUCGUGCAACGAUGGCUAAGAAAUGUACAAAAAAUCGUGAUGCACGUGCAAAAUUAUUGUUUUAUUAAUCUAAACCGAUUGCUUUUUCACCAUUCUCCUUGCCGUCGCCAUCGUCGUUGCUUAACCUCCCUAUGGUUGCGAUCCAGAAAUUUUGGUACCAUGGUAAUGUGAUGUCACACUUCUCCUCUCUAUAGGCCCUCAAAUCCCCUUAUUCCCGUGACUGAGAAAUUCAAAAAAUAUUAAUAGGCAAGAAGGCAUCCCCCAAAUGCUCCAUCUCUGCCCUAAUUUUUUUAUGGGUUAUUCUCGUAUCAUUCUAGGCUCAUAUGGUGUAAAAUUCCCCACCUCAAACAUAACCAGUAUUCUGGAAUCCCCACCCCUCCUUUGCACACCAGGCCCCAGUUCUUUAAAAGGUGGAUAACGCUAUCCACUGGCUAAAUCUGUCUCAAAUGGAUAGCGCAAUGGUUUGUCCUACUACUUAUCCGCUAGCCUGCGUAGCAGGCGCUUGGAAGUAGUGGGCACGAGAAAAAACGGGCGCGCGAGAAGGAGACACACGGGGGCAGACGCGAUUUUCAGGGAACUUCCGUGCAGGCACUCCCUCACCCCUCGCGUGUCUCCCUCGCGCGCGCCCGUUCUCUCUUUCGCCCACUACUUCCAAGACCCUUUCGCUCGUGAUUAGGGUUUCGUUAUGUUUAGGUUUGAAGAUCAAGGUUAAUCCGUCUUUGUCUCAACAGGUUUUUAAGUGUUAUAACCUUUUUUAAAAUGGGUUUUUUCGACAUAAGUGUCAUUUAUCUUGUGGUUUAUUUAAGUUCGAUUGUCAUCUCUUGAAGUGGGUUUGUUUGCCAUUAUAGCUGACCUUGAUUGUUACCCACAUCGGAGUUCCUGUUUGGGUUCAAGGUAGAGCCUCUUGGGUUUUCAAGCUUUUAUUGGUUUUCUAGAUCUUGUUCUUGAUUUGUUCAACCUUAUGGGUUUUGUAUUCACAUACUUUGGUGAUCAACAGGAAAUUCGCGGGCUAGCUUGUCUAAUUUACCGAGCAGGUAGUUACAUUACUACAGUGGAACCCCGUUUAUGCGACCACCGUUGGGCCAUAAAAUACUGGUCGUAAUAACAAGGUGGUCGCAUUAACGGGGUCCUCAAAAUAAUCAAAUGACUCAAUGGUUUUUACGUUUGGUUUGAAAGAAUAUGGCCGUAAUAACGAGGUGUUCUUAUAAUCGGGGUGGUCGUAAGGCGGGGUUCCAUUGUAGCAUUAGUAAUGUGGCCUUUUCAUUAUGGCAUUACUAGCUAAGUGUCCAAGGCAUUAUACAAUCUGUGUUUAACUUGAUAGUGGACAUCCUUACGGACAUCCAUGAUAUGGUCAACUGACAGCUGUCAAAACGGUAUCUGCUGACCAGUGUCGCAGACUGCAUCGGAGGGCUCAAGUGUACAACUCACGUGUGUACAACACACGGAAUUACUUAGUUAUCGUACAUGUUCACGUACGCUACGCUCUACUGAUCAAAAACGUCUGGCAGUUCCGAAGUCAAGACUUAAAACAUACGGAGACAGGGCCUUUUCCGUUGCUGCACCUAAACUCUGGAAUGAGCUGCCAUUAGAUCUUAGAAGUUUAGUUACAAUUAAUUUAUUCAAGAAACACUUAAAGACUGAUCUUUUUAAAAAAGCAUAUAAUGUUUAACUUUUUGAUAAUUUAGAAUAGGAUUUAUUGUGAUAUUUUUAUAAAUAAGACUGCUAAUAGGUUUUUAAUUUAUUCAUAUUUUAUUACCAGUGGGAUCUUUUUAAUUAUUUUAAUAUUAUGAUUUGUAAAGCGCUUUGGUCAAUUAGUGGAGUUAGCGCUAUAUAAAUUAUGUUAUUAUUCUUAUUAUUAACUCAUUGAGGUGACCUGUUUUUAAAAAAUAUCCGCUGACCAGUUAUUGGUUUUAAUUGAUCGCAGGCUCAGGUCCAUAAUGAAAAGGCCAUAUAAUAAAUAACUUAUUAACCUCGUCCGUUCGUUCAUUACAGGGAAAUCUCAGACCUCGGCCUUGAUGUAUUGACCUCGCUUUCGCUCGGUCAAUACAUCAAUGCAUACAUUUGAGAUUUCCCCGUAAUGACCUCGCUCUCGGUUAAUAAUCAGGUCUUGCGGUAGCUCUCUAUUUUUAACCAAGCUUCCAGAGAGGUAAACUCGCUAACCUAAACUAUUUUCUCUCUCUCUUUUUUUCACUCCAACAGAGUUCUGCUUCAAGCGAUGCAUCCUUCGUACAGUUCUCUUGUGUUUCAUCCUCGGCAUUGGCGAACUGAUUCCCAAGUUUGGUCCCAUCUUAUCUCUCAUUGGAGGCUCCACAGUGACAGCCUUAACAUUUGUAUUUCCUUGUCUGUUUUACUUAAGAAUCGCACCCAACGUUCCACUCCACGUCAAAGCUUUCCUAUGUGAAAUCAUGACUGUAGGAAUUUUUGGCGGCCUUGGAUCUACCUACUCGGCGAUAAAUGAAAUCAGACAAGUGUUUAUACAAUGA